AUGAAUAAUCACUUACAGAACCUCUACGCCAAGAAUGCACUUGACAAGGAUGAUUCGUUUCGCUUGGUUUCUCUUCAACCGGGGUGUCAUAAUACCCCGCUCACGCUCCGUCUUCUCAACACCAAGCUUGGUGAGGCUCAGCCUUACGAGGCAGUUUCCUAUGUCUGGGGAGAUGUGAAAGAUCUUGUGCCAGUCAAUGUUCAAGGUGACAUAGACAUGUUGACUCAGGCCCUUAUAUCGCAGAACUGUCACGCGGCCUUGAGUAGUUUCCGAUAUUCCGAUUCACCUCGACUACUCUGGAUUGAAUCGAUCUGCAUCGAUCAAGAUUCGGCUAUUGAAAAGAACCAUCAGCUAAGCCUUAUGGCACGCAUUUACAAGAAUGCAUCACAAGUCUUGGUCUAUCUCGGACCAGGAACGCCUGAUAGUGAUGCCGCCAUGAGAUGUAUCCACGAAAUUGAUGAACCAUCCAACGACGAUGGUUACGGGGCUGUGGAAUCUUCUGCGACCAUUCAAGAGAACCAAAGUGCUGUAAGCAAUCUAUUCAAGAGGCCGUGGUUCUUUCGUGUUUGGGUCCUUCAAGAGAUCACCUUUGCGCAAAAGGCCACUGUGAUCUGCGGUGACAACCAACUCAAUUGGGAAAGCUUCAAGACGUUUUUCCAUUGGAAUGUGAACGCGGGCUGGGUUCAAAGACUCCCGUUCUCAGUUACGUAUUCUGUUUCGCCCACUCCGUACGUUUUGCACGUUACAUACGGCGAAAGACUCUUAAGAAUAUUAGAAGACACAAGGACCUGCGGUGCCACUGAUCCAAGGGACAAGCUAUACGCUAUUCUCCCUCUAUUGGAUCGACAUCAUGAAGAGAUGAAGGUGGAGCUCGAGGAGUAUAAGGAACUCGGUCUCGACAUUCUCUCAUAUGUUGUCAAGGAAUCAGCUAUACCAGGGCUGCCAACAUGGGUCCCAGACUGGAGCGUCAUUUCUCCCUACUGGGCUGCCACUCAAAAGCACGCUGCAGGGAGAUACAAACCGCUUGCAGGUUUUGAAAAUAGGCCCACUCAGUACAUUUGGGGUUGGAAGAUGCUACAUCCUCAUCUCAUUGAUACAUGGACGAUCUCAGGAUAUACGUCUGUCAAUGACCAGUCAUCCAGACAGCUUCAUGUGCAGGCCGUCAGCCUGGGUAAGAUUGAGAGAAUUGGCGAUCUUUGUGAUAUUGGGAAGAAUUGCUUCCCCGUUGGACAGUGGGAAAAGAUAGUACCGGACGAGUCGUAUCUCGAACACAGCAAAAUACCGGACGAUAUAGCUGACGAGGAGUUUCACAAGUGGCAUAGCAGCACCUUGUCCCUGUCAAAAUUUCUCAGAACUUUAACAUUAGAUGAUGUUGUUUACCCCGAGGUCGCCAAAGCUGCGGUGAGUCAUAUCAAGCGGUAUAACGGAGAGGCUCUUAAGGAUGACGAAGGAAAGUGGAUGUGUUUUGGGGAACUGAAUGAGAAGGAUAAAGAAAGGAUACCACUUAUGGACAUCUUUCAGGGGACCGGGAGCUUUGAGAAACAGGCCAUGAGGAUCUUGAAGCGUUGCGAUGGAAAGAGACUGUGUGUACUUAGUAACGGACGCAUUGGUCUUGCGGACGACAGGGCCCAAGUGGGUGAUGAGGUUUUUGUAGUUCAGGGUGCUAGUGUACCUUUUAUAUUCAGAAGGAUGACAUCUAAUAGAGGAAGAGAUGGUGCUUCUGAGCAAGUGUUUACCUUGGUGGGUGGCGCCUUUGUACUUGGUGUUAUGAACGGCGAGAUAUGGGACCUUGUACAGACAGGCGAGGUACAAAGAGAAAAUCUUACUGUUAGAUAA